CAAGAAAACAUCUUGAAGAGCAUUCCUCGAUCCACACACUCUGGUUUGGUUUCAGAGUAUUUGCAGGAGAGAAGAUGGGUAGCAUAGCUAAAAGAUGGAGGCUGCUCAACGGCCAGGAGAUGUGGAAGAACCUCUUGGAUCCUCUUGACAUUGAUCUCCGGCGAAGCAUCAUUCAUUAUGGAGAAAUGGCUCAGGCAACCUACGACGCCUUCAUUACUGAGAAAGUCUCCAAGUUUGCCGGAAGUAGUCGGUAUGCAAAGAGAGAUUUCUUUUCCAAGGUGGGUCUGGUGAAUGCUAAUCCAUACAAGUACAACGUAACCAAAUUCCUGUACGCUACAUCUCGAAUGGAUGUCCCCGAAGCGUUCAUCAUCAAGUCAUUGUCGAGGGAGGCAUGGAGCAGGGAAUCGAACUGGAUGGGUUAUGUUGCGGUGGCCACUGAUGAAGGGAAGGCUGCCCUAGGCAGGAGGGAUAUUGUGAUUGCAUGGAGAGGUAGUCUUCAGGCCUUGGAAUGGAUUGAUGAUUUCAGCUUCAUCAUGGUUUCUGCCUCUCAGAUACUGGGUCGAACAAUUGACCCUUUCGUGCAUCAGGGUUGGUUGUCGAUCUACACUUCCGACGACCCAAGGGCGCCGUUUAACAGGACCAGUGCUAGAGACCAGGUUCUUAGUGAAGUGCGGAGGCUUGUGGAGGAAUACAAAGACGAGGAGAUUAGCAUAACUAUUACCGGCCACAGCUUGGGCGCAGCGCUUGGAACACUGAAUGCAGUCGACAUUGUAGCUAAUGGAUUUAACAGGCCUAAAGAUCGUCCAGACAAGGCGUGCCUAGUCACAGCCUUUCUCUUUGCUAGUCCCCGCGUUGGAGACGACAAGUUCCAGAAGCUCCUCUCAAGUCUGGAAAAUCUCCGGCUGUUAAGGGUUCGUAACGCCUUAGAUAUUGUACCCAAUUAUCCACUGAUUGGGUAUUCAGAUGUUGGACAAGAGUUGGUCAUCGACACCCAGAAGUCGACAUUCUUGAAGAGUCCUGCGAACCUAUCAGUUUCGCACAACUUAGAGGGCUAUCUUCAUGGAGUUGCAGGAACUCAGGGGUCUAAAGGAGGAUUCAAGUUGGAAGUUGAGCGAGAUAUUGCGCUUGUGAACAAGUCGAUUGAUGGACUGAGAGACGAAUACCUUGUACUUGCUUCAUGGCGGUGUGAGAAAAAUAAAGGGAUGGUUCAGGGGGCUGACGGAUCUUGGAAGCUGAUGGACCAUGAGGAAGAUUAUUAUCCCGAGAUUUGAAUGUCCUAUGUGGUGUGCAGCAUUGAGUAUAAGCAUUCAUUCAGGGCUAGCUUGUUUAGAGAACUUGUAAUUUUGCUUUUUCUAAACAGGUUUUGCAGAUCAUCUGCAACAAAUUUCAAAAUCAAAGAUGCAGAAUUUUCUGAUUGAUAGGCAGAACUUGGAGGCUUUAGAGAAAAUGAUGGACGAUUCUUGAAAAUGUUUCUACACCCCAAGUGUGGCUGUGCACCUAAUUUCUCCUUUCUUAUUAAUUUUUCUUUCCUGUUUUUUCUUGUUUGCUUGAGAAAUUAAACCUCACUAAUGGUGGUUCAA